UAGACCUUAGUUUCUGAUUUUAUUUUUCCUCUUAGGCUCUCUCAGCUUAAAGUAUAGAAAACAAGCAAGAACCAUUUUCCUCAAGAAUUUCAAUAUCCUCUUCUUCUCUUCCCUCUCUCUUAGUGUUAAAGGGGAAGAAAAUAAAGGAAAGGAAAGGAAAAGAAAAGAAAAGAACAGAAAAGAGAAGCAAAGAAAAGGGGAGGCUUAGCUUCUUCCUUGUAUUUCAAGACUCUUUCUGUGAAGAUGUUUGAUUCCUUAAGCCCAUACACACUUGAAGUUUCGCAGAUUCCCUUCACUUUUCCUUCCUUUUGUAGAAAAUCUAUCAACACCCAAGUUCUUAAAUCCAUUUGUCUUUGCUUCGAGUCCUUCCAAACUCAAUUCUCCUGAGAAAAAUUUUCAACCAAACAUGGUCCCCUUCAUUGCCUUGACCCUACUUUCUCUUCUAACCACCUGUUCUGCUUCUUUAGUCAAUGAUUUUAACGUAUUAGUCUCACUUAAACAAGGAUUUUCAUUCCCUGAACCAAGCUUGAGCACGUGGAAUUCUUCAAAUCCAAGAUCAGUUUGUUCCUGGGUUGGAGUUCGUUGCUCUCGUGGGCGUGUUGUUUCAUUGGAGUUGACAGAUUUGAAUCUGUGUGGCUCUGUUUCACCUCAGAUUUCCAGGCUUGAUAAGCUCACCAAGUUGUCUCUUGCAGGAAACAACUUCACAGGCAGUAUUGAAAUUGUCAGGUUGAGUAAUCUUCAGUUUAUUAACAUCUCAAACAAUCAAUUCAGUGGUGGGUUGGAUUGGAACUACUCAGAAAUUGAAAGCUUGGAAGUGUUUGAUGCUUACAACAAUAACUUCACUGAUUUUCUUCCUCUUGGGAUUCUAAGCUUGAAGAAACUCAAGUACUUGGAUCUUGGUGGCAAUUAUUUCCAUGGAAAAAUCCCAGAAAGCUAUGGGAAAAUGAUGAGCUUGGAGUAUCUCUCGCUUGCAGGAAACAACCUUCAUGGAAAAAUCCCUGGUGAGUUGGGGAAUCUCACUAACUUGAGGGAGAUUUACUUGGGUUAUUACAAUGUUUUUGAAGGUGAGAUUCCUGCAGAGUUUGGAAAUUUGGUGAAUCUAGUUCAUAUGAAUUUGCCAGAAUGUGAACUACACGGUCCAAUUCCUCGUGAGCUUGGAAACCUGAAGCUGCUUGAUACUCUGUAUUUGCAUGCCAAUCAUCUUUCAGGUUCUAUUCCAAAGGAGUUAGGAAACUUGACCAACAUGGUGAAUCUUGAUCUCUCCAACAAUGCACUCACUGGUGAAAUCCCAUUUGAAUUCAUCAAUCUCAAGAAACUGAAGCUCUUCAAUCUCUUCUUGAAUAAACUACACGGCUCCAUUCCAGAUUAUGUUGCAGAAUUGCCUGAUUUGGAAACACUAGGCCUAUGGAUGAACAAUUUCACUGGUGAGAUUCCUGGAAAACUUGGCCAAAAUGGGAAGCUUCAGAUUCUUGAUUUGUCAUCAAAUAAGCUCACUGGUACAAUCCCACAAGACUUGUGUUCAUCUAAUCAGCUGAGGAUUCUAAUUCUCCUGAAAAAUUUUCUGUUUGGGCCAAUCCCAGAAAGUUUGGGAAAAUGUUAUAGUCUCACUAGAGUGAGGCUGGGGCAGAAUUACUUGAAUGGCAGCAUUCCAAAUGGCUUCAUUUACUUGCCUCAGUUGAAUUUAGCAGAGUUGCAGAACAAUGUCCUGUCAGGAACAUUAUCAGAAAAUGGUAAUAGCUCAUCUAAGCCUGUUAAAUUAGGCCAACUCAAUUUGUCAAACAAUCUCCUCUCAGGCCCUUUGCCAUUAUCACUUUCCAAUUUCUCUUCUCUCCAAAUCCUUCUGCUCAGUGGAAACCAAUUCUUAGGUCCAAUUCCACCUUCCAUUGGUAAUCUCCAUCAAGUUCUAAUGCUUGAUCUUAGCAGAAAUUCAUUUUCAGGUUCAAUUCCACCUGAAAUUGGAAACUGUUUCCAUCUCACUUUCCUUGAUAUGAGCCAGAACAAUCUCUCUGGUUCAAUCCCAACAGAGAUUUCCAACAUCCAUAUAUUGAACUACCUGAACUUGUCAAGAAAUCACUUGGAUCAAGCAAUACCAAAAUCCAUUGGUUCCAUGAAAAGCCUCACUGUUGCUGAUUUCUCUUUCAAUGAUUUCUCUGGAAAGCUCCCGGAAUCCGGCCAAUUCUCCCUCUUUAAUGCCUCUUCCUUUGCAGGCAAUCCUCAACUUUGUGGUCCUUCCCUUAACAAUCCUUGCAAUUUCACAACCAUCAUCAAUUCACCAGGAAAAUCCCCUGGUGACUUCAAGCUCAUCUUUGCUCUAGGCCUGCUGAUAUGUUCGCUGAUAUUUGCAACUGCUGCUAUAAUCAAAGCCAAGUCUUUCAAGAAAAACAGCUCGGAUUCCUGGAAGCUGACAGCUUUUCAAAAGCUGGAAUUCACUGUCACAGACAUCCUGGAAUGUGUGAAAGAUGGAAAUGUAAUUGGGAGAGGAGGAGCUGGGAUUGUUUACCAUGGAAAAAUGCCAAGUGGGAUUGAAGUUGCAGUAAAAAAACUACUUGGUUUUGGCACCAACAGCCAUGAUCAUGGCUUUAGAGCAGAAAUUCAAACACUAGGCAACAUCAGGCAUCGAAACAUCGUCAGAUUGCUCGCUUUCUGCACAAACAAAGAAACCAACUUGCUUGUUUAUGAGUACAUGAGAAAUGGAAGCUUAGGAGAAUCAUUACAUGGGAAAAAAGGUGGCUUUUUGAGCUGGAAUUUAAGGUACAAAAUUGCUAUUGAAGCUGCUAAAGGCCUAUGUUACCUUCACCAUGAUUGUUCACCAUUGAUUGUUCAUAGAGAUGUAAAAUCAAACAAUAUUCUAUUAGAUUCGAGCUUCGAAGCACACGUUGCAGAUUUCGGAUUAGCUAAAUUCCUCAUUGAUGGGGGAGCUUCGCAAUGUAUGUCAGCAAUUGCAGGAUCUUAUGGAUACAUUGCUCCUGAAUAUGCAUACACAUUGAAAGUCGACGAGAAGAGUGACGUGUAUAGUUUUGGUGUUGUUCUUUUAGAGCUUCUCACCGGCCGACGACCAGUAGGUGAUUUUGGUGAAGGAGUGGAUAUCGUACAAUGGAGCAAAAGAACAACAAAUAAUCGAAGAGAAGACGUGAUGCAUAUUAUCGAUCGAAGACUAACAAUAAUACCUAAAGAUGAAGCAAUGCAUUUCUUUUUCAUUGCAUCAUUGUGUUGUCAAGAAAAUAGCAUCGAACGACCUACAAUGAGAGAAGUAGUUCAAAUGCUCUCGGAAUUUCCUCGCAAUUCUCUAGAUUAUUCUCAAAAAUUAAGAGACAACGAAAAUGAAAAAACUUGUGCAAAAUCAAAACAAGACCUUAAAAUAUAAGGAGUUUGAAUAUCUCUUAUAUGUUUCUUAUUUAAAUGGUAUUUUUUUUUAAAUGGGUUUGAUUUUUGUUAUAGCUUUUUAAUUUCUCUUUUAUUUAAUUACUAAUGUGAAAAAUAUAUUAAUUUAUUUAUUGUUCUAAUUAUUGAGCUUAGAAUUAAUUAGGCAUAGAAGUUUUGGAGAGCAUAGAGGGGUAGGAAUAAUUUUGUGGGUUGCACUCCUUUUUAAGAAGUGUCCUUCUUUAGGUGGAGAGCUUGCAAUCUUUUUUAUUAAUGGGGUCAUGCUUGCUCUUUGUAUUAAUGUACUCUUCUUUAUACAAUGCUAUAUUGAAUUGCUUUA